AUGAUCCGAACGGUUCAAGCAUGGAUGUCAAGACUUCCUCACAAGUCUACCAAAGAGAAACGGGUGUCGGUACAAUCGGUUGCUUCCUCUCUGGCGUUACAAUAUGGUAUGCCGAAAGAGCAUAUAGUCACCAUGGGUAACUGGGCAUCGUCAUCGACGUUUGAGAACCACUUUAGGCGGGAACAUCUUUCUGAAUUUGAUUUCAACAGCACACUCAUUGAUGACAAGAAUAUCGAGAUGGAAUCAGAUGAGAAAAUAUUUAUGGAUGCUUCUGAUUCUUUCAUGGAUUCUCUGGAUUAG